UGCACUGUAGCGGUUAGCACAGACCGUGUCGAGUGGUGAGAAAUAACCGAUGAUUAAGAAGUCAACGAGUCACUAGAUGAUACCUUCAGUAAGUUUUAUGACAUCAAGAUGAUGGUGUUUGUAUCAGUUAGUGCAGCAAUAUCUCCGACCUUUCUUCGGCGGGUCCCCAAUAAUACAACCGUUAUGCAAAACCUUGCUGGGAGAUGGAACUUGCAUUGUACUUGGGCAAAUGUGAAAAACAUACAAACUUGUUGGGUUAACGGCGAUUUAAAUGGUAUAAAGGAACUUCAUGAUCAUUUGUUUAAGACAUAUGCAACAGAAAAUAGGGAACUUGAGAGUGACGAACGAGCAGGUGUUCGAAUUCGCGCAGGGGAUGUCUCAAGACAAAAAGCGGUGGACACCUCCCCAGUACAGCCCACAAGUACGUGCACAACCAGCGAACAUAAAAGCAGUUAUAUUGCCAAUCAAACUCCAUCCUCACAUCCCUUGCUAGGCAGUCAGUCUGACACAAAUAAAGAUGGUGAUGUCCCGGAUGAUGAUUUUGGUUACAUAGAACACUCAGAUACUGUAGCCCAGCAGACAAAUCAGCUUACUAGUAAUGGUAAUGGAGAGAAUUAUCUUGCUGUGCAAAGCAGUGGAAACACCUUUGACCCUUCCUCUUAUUCCCUACAGCCCAAUGCUGAUAAUGUUAUGCCAGCACCAGAUUCUACCCAGAUUAAGUCAGAGUUUCAGCUUUGUGAUGCUGAUGCUGGAAGCAUUAUUAAUAUGGGUACAGGAUAUAUACCUUUAACUUUGGAAGAUAUGGACAGAUAUAGACAAAAGUGUGAUUUCUGUGAGGCAGUCUUCCACCUAAAUAAAGAUUAUCAGUGUCACAUUGUCAGCAAACAUGGCAAUAAAGAUGACAUACGGAUAUGCCCCAUAUGCUCACUUAAACUUGUAGACAAAGCUGCUGUUGGAAACCAUAUAGCUGCCAAGCAUUGGAGGCUGAAAUAUAUGUGUAAUAAAUGUGGAAAAUGUUUUGGAACAAAAAGGCAACUGGGUAAACACAGCUGUGUUUUUAAAAAUGAAGCAGGAAGUGUCAAAAUAUGUUUAGAUAAUGAUGUUGAAGAUCCACUUGAGUUGCCUUGGAAAUCAUUCAUAAAACACUGCACUGUCAGAAAUGGGAUGUUGCAGUGUAAUUACUGUGCAUCAAAGGUGAAGGGUAAAAAGGAAUUUAAAAUGCACAUCAGUAGGAAGCACAUGGAAAGAUCUCUGCAGUGUCCAGAUUGUUCAAACCUUUUUGGAAACGGACUUGAUUUGAGAUAUCAUAUUAAAACUGUCCAUACUAGGUCAAAGUAUACUUGUACCGUAUGUGAAAAACCAUUUGGUACCAAGGCUAGAUUGACUGCACAUAAGCAGGAACAUGCAACAGAAGAAAUGUGUGUGUCCUGUGAUAAGUGUGGUAUGACUUUUAGCAGUGUACAUUUACUGGUAGCACAUGUGAAAACGGACCAUCAAGAAGAGACGACAGAGGCUGGUAAUCCCUCAGAUUCAACUGUCUUGUUGACAGUGGAUAACUUGGGACUUCACAGCACUGUAGAAAAUGGUAUAUUCUGUUGUAACUACUGUGACUACAGAACAGAAUAUAGGCAAACAGUUAUCAAUCAUCUGAAAAGAAGACAUUUGGAGAAAACGCUGCCCUGUCCCAUGUGUGGUGUGAAAUAUGCUGUACAGAAUGAUUUAAGACGACAUAUAGAGAGUAAACAUCUACCAAAACCUGCUAAAGACCGUAUAAUAUGCCAUGUGUGUACACAGACUUUUACUACUGAUUUAGGGUUUAAGUUUCACAUGAAAAGACAUGAAGCAGAUCCUGUAGAAGCCCAGUGUGAUGAAUGUGGAAAAAUGUUCUACCAUGCUUCUCACCUGAAGGCACACAAAAAACGGCGCCAUCCCAAGGGUCCCAUGCCCUUUGUGUGUGCAGUAUGUGGGAAAGGUUUUACUCAUAAAUGCAUGUACACUGAGCAUGUUCAGACACAUGCUGAGAAGCCAGGUUUCCAGUGCAGUGUGUGUCACAAAGGCUUUUACAGGGAGAAAUGUUUAAAACAACAUCUUAAGCUCCACACAGAUGAAAAUCGUUACCUGUGCCCAAUUUGUGGAAAACAGUUUAUAUCCUUACCUGCUCAGAAAAUCCAUGUGAAGAGGCACAGCUGGAAGAGGGAGCAUGAAUGCCAAGACUGUGGCAAGUCGUUCUUUACGAAAAAUCACCUUGAUCGCCACAAACUUACUCACACAGGAGAAAGACCUUAUGUUUGCAUUGUCUGCUGCAAAGCUUUCAGUGAUGUAUCUACAUUGAAAAAGCACUCCCAAAUCCAUUUAAGAUAAAUUACCUUGGGUAGUAGGGAUUUUUAAUAAUUAUAUAUGCAAAAAAUUGUCAAGGAUUCUAGAGGUAAAAGUUUGCAUUUGUUUUUAAACAGCUAGUAGAUAAAAUGUUAUGAGUUUAAAAUACAACCAGAAGACAAAUAAAAUUGUAGUAUUAGAACUCUAUCAUUUCUGAAGAUAAAUAUGCACAUUUAAAAUAUAGAUAUUUGUCGAAUUGAUUUCUAAUUAAGAAGAAUUACAAAAUUGAAUCUCUAGAUGUUAUUGAUUGUGUUUAUUUAACAUCAUCUGAAACACUUUACACAUACUUACGGUCAAAUAACUUGACAAAUAAAGAAUCGAGCUUGUGAUGGCAAGAACUGAAAAUCUUACCUGUAAUUCUGCAUGUGUAUACUGACAGUCAAAGAAAAC